AUGGCGCGCAGUCUGGAGCAUCGCGUCCUGCAGCGCAGCCAGGUCCUGACCCUACCGGAACCGCCGCUGGUGCAGCUUCAAUCCCUGCAGCAAGCGGCGCUGCGGGCCUGGCCACCGCGCAACCUGCCCAUGUCGCUCCUGCAUCAGGCGCUUGCCCUGGACUCGGAUGCACCUCUGAAGAUACUUGUAUCCAUCGCGUGCGGCAGGUUGGCCAGGGCGGAUGCGCGGGUCCGGAGCUGCAGGGGCGGACGUCCUGGCAUCUCGCUCGAGCGCGUGCGCGCGCUUGCCCGGCGAGGCCCGCGCCAGAACACAGAUGUGGACCGCGCAGGAGCAUCGUGGGCCAUCCUGCGAGGAGCAGGGCAGCGCACGAGACCGAAGGACGAGCGGUGGACGUCCGAGCGACGGCACGACGUCAGCACUUUCGUGGUGGAGGUCGCGGUGCUGGACGCGUCUGGCUCGCAGCGCGAGUGCACGGUGGUCGGCAUGGAUGCCGAGAGGGAGAUCGCUCAGGUGCUGGAUGUCGACAUAUUACUUCUCAACGGCACGCGAGUUCAAGAGUGGCCCGACCGCCAGUACCACGUGCAGAACCUCCCAGCGCAGCAGAAGAGCACCGAGUUAGCCAUGCAGUACCUGCACUCAAGACUAUCAUGUACGCCAGCGAGAUGCACACCCAUAGGGGGCUUCGACAUCAACUCAGGGUUUGGACUGGCCAACGGAGCAUAUGGCAAACUUGAUAUGGAGGAGACGUGCUUUGGGGCCUUCCACCUGAAGCGGAGUGGAUUCACAGGCAACAAGCUCUACGAGACCCUAUCUUAUUUGGAUAUGGCGUGUGUGAACUCAUACUUUCCCGAAGCAGGACCCACCUUCUUCGGCCCCAUCAGCGACACCAGCACGCUGGACAUCGGCAUCAGUGCGUCAUCUCUGCUGGAAGGCGUAAAGACAUGCACGGUCGCCUGGAAGCGCGGCCACAAAUUACAAUCUCUACGCCCACGCUGGGACUAUACGAAGAUGGCGCAAGCUCUGCAGCACGGCGUUGUGCGACUCGAAUUUCACCGAGAUUUGGACGAAAAGAUGACGAACAUCACCCACCAGCUGGCCGAGCACGCAGAACACGCGCAUCCUGAUUAUGACUACGACCUGCGGGCAGCUACCCUGCUGGAGACCGCCCAGGACCAUCUUGGCAAGAACGGCGGCCAAAACAUCAGCGAAGAGGUAGAGCACUGGCGCAAGCUCCGACUUGAGAAAAUUCGAGCUCGCAGACACACUCGUGAGCAACUCGCCCACAUAUGGCAAGUAUACGGCAUGGCGCUAGAUCAGCACGAAGCCUAUCUAGACACCCUCAAGGCGGAAAUUCGCGAGCUAACCUACCAGAUCAGACGACCAGCACGGCAGGGCUACGCUACGCACCGCAAGCACUUGUACCAGGAGCUGGUGGAGGCCCGCAUUCGCGGGCACGCUGCAGACGCGCGCCGACUCGCUAGGCAACUGGCUGGGAAGGCGAUGGGAGUUAAGAACCGCAUCAACUGUCACCCACCGAGCUACAGGCCAACGCUGCCCGAGAUCCUCCCCCGCAUCGAGCGACCGGGACAUGAAGAAGGCAUGGGGGCCAGACACAUCGACCUACAUGCAGAAGUGGGGCAAUUUCUGGGACCACGUGAGGGUGACUUUCUACGGAUACGAACGGUUACGAUGGAGAUCACGGCGGAAACAUUAUUCCAACAGCUGCCGGCUAAGCUACGCAUGGCGAAGAAGCGGCGCAGCACCGCCAAGUGGAGCGUGCCCGUCGAAAUACUGCUGAUGAGCCUAGACCCGACCUACCUCGCAAAGGCGUUGACUACCCAGGGUGGCGCAGGCUACUUCACGCAGAGCGCUGAGGCAGCCUCGACCUAUACCACGGCCCGUUCACACCUCGUCGAGAUCCUGACCCACUGCCUCAAAGCCGACCAGCUGCCUACCAAGUCCAGCAUCACAGAGGGCAUCCUGCUCGACAAGCGGAACCAGAAGAAGAAGAUGAACAGCCAGAGGUUCAAGCGAGGCACCCAAGCAGAUUGCAUCUCGGAUUGGAAGCACAUCGCCCAGGAGCCUUUCAUCAUGUAUGACGAGCUGGAGGGCCUGCGCCAGGACGUCUCCCUGUUGGGCUUCGCCGACGACCCACUGAAUAAGAGGCUGCGCCCGACAGGUACGGCGACGGAGGCGAUGGAGAUGACUGAGUCAGGGGGCCCGAUUUGGACCCGCUUCUACGACCAGCCGAUUGACAUGUUCGGCACGAUUCCGAAGGUCCUCGACAGCGACGGCACGAUCAUCCUUCGCAUCCAGGGGCAGACUGCGGCAUGCGGCAAGCUCACAAAAGAGAAGGGCAACAAUCACGACCUGGGGCCACCUCAGAUAUACGCGAUGGGCCGAUUACUAUUGGCAGCGAAGGAGUUACCACUCGACGAUCAAGUCAAGCGCCACGUUGACCAGAUGUACGCGGACUACGACAGCUACGACAACGAGCAGAAGUGCGAGCUGGUGCUCUUCUGCAAGAUCGACCGCGCGUACGAGAAGGAGAAGAAGCGAGCGACUCUCCAGCCCGCCGUGCCCCCACCGUUCUGGCAGCAGGAGGUUUCCGCGCGGCCGCAGACGUCACCUCGGCACCCCGCCGCACCCCGCCGGAUGGCGCGCCGCGCGUCGCCGCUGCGCGCCUGGCUGGCGGCCUCGCUGUGGGUGCCCGCUGUCCGAGGCGACGUCUACCUGCACAACCCGCGGGGCUCCAACAACAAGCUCUCGGAGCAGAGCAACAACGUCGCCAACAACCAGCGCCUGUUCGACUCCCAGAACAACAACCAGGGCGGGUACCAGAUCGGUGACAACUGCCAGCCUGUCUGCCAGGACGCCAACCGCAACUACGAUGAGAGCCAGCCCGGCGCGAUGAAGGGCCAGCUGACCUUCUACGCGGGCUCCGAGCUCUACAUCGAGUGGGCCUUGCAGCACUCCUGUGGUUUCGGCAACCCAAACACAAUCUGUCAGGUGAUCCUGCAGUACAUGUGCGACAGCGAUAACCCAGGGCUGCGGGACGGCGUCAAACGAGGGAAUGAGAACACCGCCGGCGGCGAGCAGGAAAUUCCCACCGCAGAAGAGGCAGACGCCAAGAACGGGAACGGAGACUACCUUCUUGGACAGCAGGAGCCGCUGCAGUUCUACCUCGAUUGUCGCGCGCGUGAGCGGAACAAGGGCCUCUACACUGCAGACCAGAAGAUGAACGACAUCCGGGGAGCCACCGCCACGAGGCAGAAUCCGAACGGGAACGGCCCCAACCAGAGGAACGGACUCGAGUGUCCAGAGGAGCGGGACUACUACCCCUACUGGCAUCCCACACCUUGGCACGACAUCGCCGUCAUCACCGACGAGCCGGAAAGGCGGUGCGACUAUUAUCGGGCAGAGUCGCAGAACGUCAAGGCGAAGAACUAUUGCAGCGACCCGCAGCACAACAACGAAGCGGCCUGCGUCGCCAGCGGCGCGUCGUGGCAGGAGCAGCCCGCCUUCGAUGAGCCUCCGCCGCAGUGCGUCGCCGGCGUGCGGCAGCGCGACAACCACAACGGCAACUCGGAGGGAGCCCACCCGCAGUACUUCAUCUGGAAGAUCCCCGAGGGCCUGGAGGGCCGCUGCGCGCUGCGCCUGCGCUACAACAUCAGCACUGGCGAUUUCCGCCCAGGGUCCACGGCGAGCGGCGGAGGCCCCGCCGACGAGGGGCGGAGGCUCGGCAGGUUGGGCAGCGCGGCGGCGGCGAGGAGGCUGGCGGAGGAGGCCUCGGGCUCGGUGUUCCGCUCGCAGGACAUCGGGAGCGACUACUUCUUCGUCGACUCCGCGCAGAACGACCCAGACCCGGGCAGCCGCCGCCGGUCGAUCUUCACGGGGGGUCCGCCCGUCCUGCCCCAGGACCCGAUCUCCGACUUCGUCAACCUCGGUCCUGACUACCUGCUCCAGAUGAACCUGAACACGGAUCAAUACAGUCGCACCUUCCAAGACCGGACCCACAGCUUCUAUGUGAACGCUCGUCCUUCCGAGGUCCCCGACGGUGCCAGAAUUGUCAACUACAACGUGCGCGGGCGCCGCGGGAACAUCGUGCAGGUAUACCCGGCGGUCGAGUACGAUUUCGUGCCCAACGAUCUGACGGUGGAGGAAGGGGACUUCUUGCAUUUCCAGUGGACGGGUUCGGAUGCCAACAACAAGGGCAACGAUGGUAACGGCCGCCAGGGCACCGACCGCUCGAACCUGGUCCAAAUGGAUACGCGCGAGCAGAAUAUUCCGAUGUCGAAAGAAGGCCACACGUUGUUCUACGAUGCGGCUGGAGACCCCGACAACGAGGAGGGCCUGGCCAACCUCCGCAAGAUGGCCUACCUCAACCAGAACUACAUCGUCACGUGUGACCAGAACCCCAACCCCAACGAGGAUAACAGCGUGACCGAUUGCCAGCAGUUGAACGGCGCUUCGGCAUACUUUGAUGGGGGUGUGAUCGAGAUGAAGCAAGUCGGCGAGCACAAGGUCAUGAGCACAAGAAACAACGACUUCUCCAACCGAUCUCAGAAAGCCACGAUCCGCGUCGUGCCCAAAAAGUUGAAGUGGUGGGAAAUCCUGCUCGUGACUAUCGGCUCGUUCCUGGGGGCUGCUCUGGUUAGCUACCUCAGCGCUGCCGUGUACGCAUACUACAACCCACGGCCGCGGGUACUGAAGUGGUUCAUCAGGCCACAGACGUUGGAUGAGAUGGAGGCCAAGCGCAAGGCCUGCAAGUCGGGGGACAACACGGUGGCCUCCGGCCAGGUGACCGUCUUACCGGUGGCCGCAUCGUCUGCCUCGGGCCCCAGGUCGUCCCACGAUGAGAACUUCCCGUCCCCGGGGGGCUGCCUCACGAAGCCUUGGGGUAGUGACCGGGCUGGCCGCGCUCUCGUGUGCAUGGGUUGCGCAGAGGGACAAAGGCUUGCAGUCGCGAUCUACGUCAUGCUGAACAUGGUUGUCUUCUUCUGGGGCUUCUUCACGGUGGGCAGCCAGCUUAAGACUUGGGGAGUAAGCAGGAACAGCGCUUGGGCCACGGCGGCUGGUGCUGGUUACGCGCUGAGCCUCAACCUGGCCGUUGGCAUCCUGCCCUCGCUGAAAAGCCUUCACACCGCGCUCCGUGGUAGCGGCACCAUGUUGCGAGACUGGAUCCCGAUCGACGACCCGUUCAUGCUGCAAACCAAGGUUGGCAUGCUCACAGGCAUUUGGACGUGCGUGCACGUGGGAGGUCACUUCAGGCACAUCGGCGCGGUAGCACAGGGUGUGCCCCUCCAGAAGGACCCGUUGGGCGUGUGGCGGCUUACCGUUGAGCAGAUGCAGUCUGGCGCACCGGUGGCCGACCAGCUGCUAACGUGGACGAACUUCACGGGCCUGCUUGCCCUGAUGCUCCUCGUCGUGCUGUUCGUGGCGGCCGCUCCCCGGUUCGACUACGCGCAAAGGGUCUGGCCGUGCCUCAAGUUGUGUGGCGGAUUCAACAUGUACCAGCGAGCGCACAUGCUGUGGCCGCUGUUCUACCUGUUAGUGAUACUGCACGGGACGCCCCGCCUCUACGCGUGGCUCUUCUUCCCCCUGGCCUGCUACAUCCUCGACAAGCUGCUCCUCGUGCAGCGGCAGCUCUACCCAGCGGUGCUCUUCAGUGCGCGGCUGGUCGGUCAGGAUGUGCUUCACUUGGCAUUGGAGGUUCCAGAAGGAUUCUCCUACCACGCUGGCCAGUACAUUCUCCUAAACUGGCGCGGGGAGUGGCACCCUUUCACGCUGACCUCUGCGCCUGAGGAGCGACUCCUGUCGGUGCACCUCCGCGCCCCACCAGAGUACGACUGGUGCGCCGCGCUUCGUCAGCGCGUGCUCGUGGAUGCGCCGAAGGCGGCGCACACGAGCAAGCUCAGCGGAGAGCCCGCGCCGGGGACCACCGUAGAGUACGAGCCUCUCGUUCUGUCGAGCGGUACGGUCAGCGUGCCGCGGAGCGAAAGCAGACCAAAGGACGAUCCAAAGAGGGUCAACACGCGCCAUGUGGACGACCCUAUCGUCUUGCAGAUGGCGAGGCCCGUAGACGCCGGGGAUACCGUAGCCAUCAAGAUGGCAGGACCUUUCGGCCCCAUCUCGUCCAGGGUCUUCGAGUUUAGCGCCGUCAUGCUGGUCGGUGUGGGCUUCAACACCACGCCAGUCGUCUCGAUCCUACGUUCCGUGCAGAUGCGUGCGCAGCGGCGGGCGCAGAUGCUGGCCGCCACGGGCAGCAAGAGCAACGCCGACUUGUUCGGCGGUGGUGGCGACGGCACUCCCAGCGCUGCUCUCAGCAGCGACGCCAGGCUGAGGCAGAUGCGGGAGACGGCGGCCUCUCAGCAGGGUGCCAACUCAAGGUUGACGUCCGUGGUGGGUGCCUCCAGGGCCUCGGGUGCGAGACCUUCGGGCAGCGGCGGUGGUAGUGCCUGGAGCAGCGACCUCGCUGCCGCGGACCUCGUGCGGCACGCGGUCCAGGUGCCAGGCCGGAUCCACCUGUACUGGCUGGUCCGCAGCACCGCCGAAUUGCAGUGGUGCCACAGCAUGCUCGUGGGGGCCGCGGAGGGCCCCGCCAAGGCCAUCCUGCACGUGACCAUCUUCAUCGCGCCGGAGGUGGACACCACACAGCUCGAGCCGCUGCCCUGUCGGAGCGAGCAGCGUCUGCACGUGGGUCGACCGAGGUGGGGCGCCGUCUUCGAGGCUGUCAAGGCGGAGCACCCAGGCUGCAACGUCGGCGUGUUCCUCUGCGGCUCUAAUGACGUGGGCGCGAAGCUCCUGAAGCAGGCUCAGAAGAGGAGCGACCCGCCAGGCGCCGGCUCCUUGGGGACCUCCUUCUGUUACUUCAGGGAGCACUUCUGA